AUGGCCGCAACAACGGUGACGGUGCCCCAGACGGCGGUCGUGGUUGAGGAGAAGCCAUCAUACUCAUCACCAUUGUCCUUUCUCACAGACAACGCCAUCUCCGCUACUAUCUCGGACACCUACUCAGGUCUUUCUGCAAGGAGAAAACUGUUAGGCCUCGAGAACCCGGGGACAGUUGACAACAUUGCGCGAGAAGUGCAAAAGGAUGUUCUCCUGUCCAACUUCAUGUUCUCCGGCCUACGUUGCGAUCUGCAGAAAGUCUUCAGCAUAAAUCCUCUGUUCCGGCUACAACAUGGGUUUGCUAUGGGAUCGCAAGCCUUGCCUCCGUGGCAGUUGAUGGCGUUGUAUGGUACUUCAGAUAUUUUCAUGCAAGCAGCCUACUCGAGCGAUCGAUCUCUCACAGCAUGGGGAAACCUUCGAUGGUCUCCUCGAUUUGUGACCAAGACGCAAACCUCCAUCGACCCCCGACAAGCUCAAGCAAUGGUACAGAUCGAGAACGAAUACACAGGCGACGACUUCUCUGCCUCGGUCAAGGCCCUCAGCCCUUCUAUCAUGGAAGGUGGCCUCACUGGUAUCGUCAUCGGAAGCUACUUGCAGUCAAUAACACCACGGCUGUCGCUGGGUCUCGAGGGCGUCUGGCAGCGACCUGGUCUGAACAACAAGCCCGAGACCGCAGUGUCGUACUGUGCGAGAUACAAGGGAACAGAUUGGAUCGCUAGCGCACAAUGGUUGAGCCAGGGAUCUUUGGGAGCCUCGUACUGGAGGCGCUUGACAGAAAAGGUGGAAGCGGGUGUAGACUGCCAAUUGCAGUUUGCUCCCGGAUUUGGCGCAGGCAUGUUUGGGGGUGCCAGAAAGGAAGGCACUACGACUGUUGGCGUCAAGUAUAACUUCAGCAACUCCGUCUAUCGAGCUCAAGUCGACAGCGCUGGCAAGUUUGGCGUCGUCCUUGAGAGACGAGUCGCUCCUCCAGUCACGUUGACAUUCGCGGCCGAGAUUGAUCAGUGGAAGAAUACCCACAAGCUUGGUCUCGCUGUCUCGUUGGAAGGUGCGCCGGAAGAGCUCCAAGAAAUUGCCGAGCGCCCAGAGAAUCAGAGAGCGCUGCCACCGCCAAUCUAA